CAAAGAUCCUGAAUUUACAUGGGAUGGGUUAUAUUUUAAUCACAUUCCAUGAAAAACGAAAGUAGUCUCAAAAUCGAAAAAAACAUGGAAACUGUGCAGAAAAUAAAAUCGUUGUUUGAGAUCGUAUAUCAAUCCGUUCAGACCAAAAAUAUGUUCAAAAUAAGUUCCUUCGUACUGUGUCUUGCUUUCACAGAUAUAGUAUGUAGAUACAGCUAUUAUUACCUUGGAUGGUUCUCAUACCUUGUUCGUUUUAUAGCUGUGGUAUUUACCAAUUGCAUUCCAUUUCUGACAGGUUAUCAGUUCAAGGCUGCAACACGGUUUGUUUGUGGAAUCGGUCUCAUAGGACUUGCGUGGUAUUUUGUUCUGAGUUUAAAAGAAUUGAUGAUGAUCAGGAAAAUUUUCCUUUAACCGUCUUUUUCAUUCAUGCACACAUCCAGUUUUGUAUCGGCAUUCUUCUUAUAUGCUAUGUGAUGACCGUGAACUCAGCAAUUCGGUUUGCCUUGUUUUUUUCUCUGUUUAUACUUGGAGGAACCAUACUGAGAGUUACACCUCCCUGGACCGUCAAUAUUAUUUCCAUUGUGACAUUAUUUCUUCUUGUCAUGGGCUUUUUACACGUUUUAGACAAUGGUAUACCCAUCUCGGAAAACGAAAUAAAUAACAUAUUUUAUGAUCUGGGGAUUGCCAACGAAGUUGAACACUAUAGACUUCUUAUAUUGGCACUUGUUAGGGGAACACAGAAUGUAUAUGAGAUCUAUUUUGCUUUACUUAUAACUGUAACCUUUAGUUAUUAUUGGUUGAAUGCAGAUGAGGAAAGUUACAAUACCAAAUGGAUCAUACAAUCCACAAUCGGCUCAUGCGUUUGCACGCUCGUUUCUUUGAAAUCAUUCAACGAUUCAUUCUUCCUUAUUUCAAAAUAUAUGGCUAAAAUGUGCUCUUCGUUUGUCAAAGGACUCAGUGCUUUCGAAGAAGAACAAAUUAUUGAUUCAAGAUAUAAAACUGAAGUACUUUUGGUGACUUAUGAUAUGUGCUUUUUUUAUCUAGAGCCAGUAACACGAGGCGAAUUUAUAAUAAAUCGUGUCUGGAUAUUGACUGUAUUUCUGAUAGAGGCUUGUUUAAUAAAAGUGGACCAAAUAUCAGCAGAACCAGAGACAAUACAGGGAACCCUUCUUCAAGCAGUGAGGGUGGUUUUCAUUGAAUCAUUAUUAAUCGUUCUUCCUCUCUACAUUGCAUUUGAGUUUACAAGAACUUACUCUAUGACGAAUUUGGCCAUUUUUCUGACAACCUCAUUCUAUGUAUCUAUAGGAGUGCGAGCCGUUACAGCAUUGUUUAUAUUUAUCCUAAAUAAAUACGAGUUCAUACGCCAGGAGUUCUGGGAAAAUUUUGAUGAUAUUGUAUUUAGAACUCGACUCGUAGGUUUUGCAGCAAUAAUAUUGCUAAACAUUUUAACAGUAUGUUUUGGCAUCGUGACACUAUUCCGUAGUGUUUGCACACACCUUGAUAUAGGUGUUUUCACAAAGUUGGAUGUAUUAAAAUUAAUUGGAAUAGCAUCCCUUGGUAUUUAUCAUGCUAUAAUGGCCAUAUGGAGAGUUUAUAUUCAAAGAAAGCAGAUAUUUCAGUUUACUGCACGGUUGGAAAAUGCUUCCGAGAAUCAAAUUGAACUGAACAAUGACGUAUGUUCAAUAUGCUUUCAGAAUAUGGAUUCAGCAAAAUUAACACCUUGCAACCAUAUUUUCCAUGAAACUUGCAUUAUGAAAUGGUUUCUUAGGUCACAAGUCAAAUGUCCGAAGUGUAAUUGUGUUGUCAUUAGAAACCUCACUUGAACAUUAACAGUAAAAUUUCGUUCACCUCUGCACUAUCAAGGACACUUUUUAGUCUCUUGAUUCGACACUGAUAUAUAUCUAACAAUUGUUGUCUUACAUAGCAAUAAUGUUUCUUUUAGAUUUUAACAAAAUUUUAUAUCACCCCAAAACAAUCUAACAUUUGAUUUACUACCAAAAAAGUGACAUUUUAUCUACUUUUCUUUAUCUAUUACAUUAUAUUGUAAGUUUCAAAUCUUCCUUGCUCAUAUUACCGCCUUAUCACAUAAAAUCGUAGGACAAUAGCUCCAAACAAUAAUCGAAAAUUUGAAAAAUCGGAGUGCAAAAAGUAAAAGGAACUUUCUACUGAAGUUUAAAGACACAAAUAAUGAAGAGUGCGUUUAAUCUACAAUUGUAUCAGCAUAUAACCAAUAAAACUGUGCAGCCUUUAGUAAAAUUCAGCAAGAUACUAUAUUGUGUUACCAAAACACAAAAUGUGGGAAGUGUUGGCAAUUCAUAACAAAACGUUUAACUAAGUUACUGAAGAAAAUGUUGACAAUGCAAACAGAUGUUUACCUCUAAAAGGUGCAGUUUGUUCUGAAAUAAAAACAGAAAAAUCAA